GUGAGAAAUGGCAGAGUAAACGUCAUUAUAUAGAUGAAAUUUAAUUAAAACUUUGCUCCUACAUUAUACUUGAAUUUUGGAGAGUCAGAUAAAGCAGUUUAACCUGAUUUUCAUCUUUGCCAAUUGCUAUACCUAUGCAUACAUGCCAAGAGUAUGGUUUUAGUAUUCCAAAACAGCAACAUUCCUACAGACUCAAAGAAAGAGUGAAGUUUAAGUGUGGCAUUUCAGUUUAUUUUGUUUUCAAUGGCCUUUUUCGCGCUCGUAUUUUCGUUAUGCCUAUUCACUAUGCUAAGCCCGUCCCUCGUAAACAUAAGUUUUCAAUUGCAGCUUCAAUGAACUAUGUUUAGGCUGAUGCUAACAAUCUUGCUAGCAAUGGUACAUAUACUGAAAAAAAUCAAAGCAACAUCUUUAGAAAAAUCUGGUCCCUCUUUAAACUCUUCAAACUUUGUUUGCAUAAAUGCAGAUGUAUCGCAGUAUUAUUCGCUGUCACUAGUAUAUAUUUUCACUGCAAUAAAAUUUAUGUUGUGUUCAUAUUUUCGGAUUUUAAUCAAAGUGAUAUUCCUUGCAAAUUGACCAAAGACUGCUGCAAUAGGAACUGGGGACCUUAACCUUGAAUGGAUCCCAAACUGCACUUACAGUCAGGGAAUGAAUCGAUUUACUCUUUGUGUUUUGGAUGUUGCGCCCCCUCUCUCCACAGAAGAAAGAAGCCCAUAAAUCGGUAAUAUGUUCCAUGGUCCCUGAAAUUAAUAAGAUAGUUACUGACAGCAAUGGUGCAGUUUUGGCUUGAAGCUUAACGACAUCUUUUCAAUUUUGACAUCUACCUAAUAACAGUUCUCAACAAUAAAUGUAGCCCUCAUAACUACUUUUUGAAAUCCAAAAAUUAGCCUAAAAUUGCUCACUGUUUCACUUAAUAAGCGGGAAGGUUCUCAAUUAAUUCGAUGAAAAGCAGGACCAGGCUUUUUCUUUGUAUAGCUACCGCAGCCAUAAAGGGAGAAAUACCUUUGUUCGACCCGCGUUAUUCUCGCUUAUCAAGCAAUAAGGCAGGAAUUUCAGGCGACCCAUGUUUGUUUGAAACCCUUUACACGAAGCAAGCGGUAUUGCCGUUAGUGCUUCGUGCAAAGACCAACGUUUGUCGUUGGUGGUUUUAGGCCUUAAAAGUAUGUUUGGUACAUGCAAAGCGACAAUACCGUUUGAAGCACUAAAAAUGCCUUAUGUCACGUGACAAUUGAUUUGGUAGGAUCGUGCUUCAACAGAUCUUCUUCUAAUCUUUUGGUAUGACGUAAAUCGGGAAAAUAUUCAUCUUUUUCAAAGUUUAGCCUAUAUCUCCGUCAGGUUUUUGCUCUGACUAACUUCCUGUUUUUCAUAUACGCUUCAACCACAAUAUGUUUGAAGAACUAGUAUGGUCGACGCAUGUUCUACUAUGGUUUUUUCAAAGGAGAUCUUCUAAAUAAAAGAACUGUACAAAAACAUUGAUGUAAGAAGAGUAAGGAGUCGGGGGUAACAAGACCUUCUCCAAAAUCGCUUUGAAAAAAAGCAAGCAUCUCACAACAUACUACUGAAACCUCUUCGUCCGACACCAACCGACACCUCCUCAGAGGAUAAAAUGUCAGAAUAAGGGUCCGAAAGAACACGAUGGAAAAUAUAUACCCAGCUGUCGAUCGAAAAAGGCCAAUCAGAAAAACGCAAGCAAAUGAGCGGCAUAGUUAUCCAAUCAAGGCUGCGUGCCUAUAGAAAAAUUAAGACCUUCUUCUCGCUCCAAAAUCAAAAAGACACUCUUUCAGAAAAUGGAGGUCGUUUUGAACAACAGAUUUCAAAAUAUAUAAAAAUUAAAUCAACCAGAGUUUAUCCACAGUCGAUACUUCUAACACAUCAUGCUUCACGACACAUUUUCAAUUCUUAAUUUAGUGACCCAUGGAUAUGCAAAAAUGAUUGUCUAUCCCACCUAGACCCCCCCCCCCCAAAUCUGCAGCACAGACUUUCAUCAUCAUUUGUGAAAGCAUUCAUUUGCGGGUUCAUUUGCAUGUUUUUGCAUAAGUACAUAGAACAAAGGCAUCCAAGCUACAAAUCUGUCAUGAAGGCGUCCUUGCCAGUCCCUGGGGGCCUUUUCAGGGAAGACAGAGAUUUCUACCUCACUUGGCAUGGCUGGUAACAUCCAUGGGAUUGUCAUGUUUAAUAUUCUGCAACGCCCCCAUUUUCAUAAAGACUUAAUACUAUCUAUUUUUAACGUCUUACUUGAUGAACUAUUUGUAUAUUGAAAGAAAACUAACCAGGGAAAAUGGCCAGAGGAGGAGGAGACUCUCUUCCUGGUAUGAAAGAAUAAUUUCAGACCAACCAGGAAAUUUUGCCAAACAGAAAACAUUUCUCCCACUGCGUUCCAAAGUUAAGCCACAAACAAUCAACUGCUACCCCUCUCUCUGUUAAGAUCACCAUUUAAGGGGGAAAGUCAGAUGAUUAGGUAAUAGAUAUAGCCUAACUUUUUUCUAUAUUCUUUUUUACAAAAUUUUUUUCCAAUUCCAACAUCUUAAAGUUUUACUAAUACUUUUGCUUUACACAAAGACAUCUAUAAAUUUUGUACCCUCGUAUUUAUGAAGUUAUUUCCCUGUUAAGUAUGUAAAUGAUCCACAGCCAGCUUGGGGAAAGCUUCAUAGCAAAAAAUAGUUGAUAACAUAAUUGGUGCUAUCCAAUCGGCUGUAACAGUUCUUGAUGCUAUAUAGUAAAUUCAUGUUAUGUAUCAAUUCAACGCUCCAAUUAAAUCCCUAAUGUAAGGGAACCUCCUGAAUCCGAAGAUGUCAUCUUGUAGAUUUUGGGUAACUGAACAAACAUAUGCCAUAAAUAGAUCAGGGGGUCAACAGAACAUAAUCUAUGACGUAAUGGGCAAUGACAGCGAAUCAUUCAUUUGCAGUCGAUUUUAACGUGCGAGCAAUUAGCAAUAAAUCUUGAAAAUAGAUGUAAUUAAGGGUUCUAUGCAGCUGGAAGUGCUACAGAGAGUUGUACGCGAUGAGAACCCACUAGAAAAUAGAAGAACGGGGGACAUUAACCUGACAUUAAAAUGGGCAUUAAGAGCCUAUAUGCCGCAAAGCCAACGGAAAAGCCGCAGACAUUCCAUUGAUAGCAGUUCAGGGGAAGCAGAUUUCUGAUCACACACGAAAUUCGCGUUGUGUUGUUUGGCCAUAGAAGCAAACGAUAAACGAUGAAUUCCUUAAACUGAGAGCUCAGCGGAUAAUUACUGUCACAAAUUCGCGCCAUCCAUUAUCAGACGGGAUUAAGGAGUUAAGUGCAUUGACCUGAUAAUCAAAGGCAUCAUCAGAUCGGUGGAAGGAGAAGUGUCGUGGCGAGCCUCUCGAGGAUUUGCAUUGCCAGUUGAAACAAGUAAUUUUGUAUGCUACAAGACUAGAUUUGAUUCACACGAAAUAAGGGAAAACAGAUAUUUAAAGUGUUCUAUUUGAUCGAAGAAAAUGAAGAGACUAGCAGCCUUGAAUCUAAAGAAAUUUGUUGGUUUUAUUAAGUUUACGAUGAAAUUUACCGGACUGGAAAAUUCUGCUUAUUCAACUAAUAUUGCAUUUUAAAUCAGAGGACCUAGAAUGGAUUACGGUCAAUUUAGGUACGCCAUUGCGAACCUAACUGCAAACAGGACAUUACCAAAUUCAACUGACUAUUUUCUGAAUUGCCUGCACGAGGAUGCAUUCGAUCCAGCGUGUGAUUACUUGUACGAGCCCCCAUUCGAACUGACUGCUGGGAGGGUGCUCUCAGCCAUAGGCAUUGCCAUAUUAAUUGUCGCUGCGUUGGCUGGUAACAUUCUCGUCUGUGUUGCAUUUUGUCAUUACAAGAGACUGCGCACCGUUCCAAACUACUUCAUUAUAUCGCUAGCAAUCAGCGACAUUAUAGUGGCAGCUAUCUCUAUGCCUUUGUGGCUUUCAUUUGAAGUGACUGGUUGGCAGAGCCUACCCGCAUGGGUGGAUUUUUUAGCGCUGGGAAAGUUCUGGGAGUGCGUGGACAUACUGGGCGCAGUCUCGUCGAUUGCAAACCUCACAGCAAUCAGUUUAGAUCGACUGUUUAGCAUACUAGCCCCUUUACGUCACAGAACACGCAUGACUCCAGUGGUUGCGUUGAUAAUGAUCACUUUUGCUUGGGCCUACGCUCUCAUUUUGUCGCUGUCUAGGGUGCAUUACUUUGAAGAUUACACAGCCGUUAUAGCAACGUUUGGUUUCUUUCUUCCCUUAUCAAUCAUAAUUGUAUCAUAUUUAGCAAUAUACAUCAAAUACUGGAUUCGUUCUAACAGACAAAGCAAUUUGAAUGGUGAUUGGAACCUGGAAAAGACUCUCUUGAUUGUUAUAGGGCUCUUCGUUUGCUGUUGGUUGCCUUUCUUUGUCACAACACUGUUAUACCACUACUGUUUAAGCUGCAAGUUUGAUGACGUAACUGCAAAGCACCUUCGUGGCUUCACAAAGUGGAUGCAUUACUUGAAUUCAUGCUGCAACCCUAUUAUCUACGGCUUCUGCAAUAUCAAUUUCAAGACAGCAUUUUGGGCCUUGCUAGGCAGCUGUUUUGCAAGCCGAUAUUCGGAUAUGGAUCUUGCGCCAAACUCAAGGGAAACGUCAAACAGCCAGGCGGGUACGCUGCUACGUCACUUGAAGUCAAUCAAACGAAAACUGAGCUGGAAACGUGAUCUAGAAGAAAGUAUUGUAAGUAAUGCCGGGGAGGUAAAUGAAAACUCAAUAAGUCUUGCCAUUCUAUCCAUGCAGCUUAAAAACGAACAAUCUGCAGAGGGCCAAGAAGCUCAAGCUCUUUUAGAAGAUUCGCGUCCAUCUUCUAAAGCUUCUGAAGAUAUAGGCCUACUGUCUGAUGAACAGGUUUCUGUCCAUAACUCAAGCGGCGACGAAACCACCUCAAACAGACUGAAGCGAGCAGGUUCAGGCGAACGCAGUUCUUGCGAGCUUAAACCUCGAGAAUUUACAAAUAUGACAUACCGGUCAACGCAGGAAAAUGAGUUAAGAUUUUCGAAUCACAAUGAGUCAAUUCAUGCCAGUCCAAAAUGUGGAGCUAAACGUAGAGAAUCCGACCCUAAAGAGGAAAUCCAAUCACCGAUGCGUUUUGAUACCGAUAAAGACUGUCAAAGUGACGGGUUGAGAAGGAGUGUUCGAAAUCUGGUUUCUGAUCUUCCAAAUCAGGAAGCAAGAAAAUCAUGCGAUGAUUGUCAAAUAGAUCUGACUGAAGAUGUUGUUCGUGUAGAGGAUGAAUAUUUAUGUACCAAGAACAGAACGAUUAGCAAUGGUUAUCCCUCAUAUCUUGACCAAGAUUUUGGGUGUGAACAGCAUCAUGACAGAUUUCUACCAGCGUGUUUGCAUGUAACAGCUGAUAUUUUCGAUAUAACAGCACAGAGUUGGUCCGAUUCAGUGACUCAAAGGAGAAAAGACUUUCUUAAAGAAGAAAAUAUAAUAGAUACUAAGGAGUCUAUAGUGUAGAUAUUAAUCCUUGCAUUUACCUUCCAUUCUGCCAUACUAUUGUGCGCUCGAGGUCUUACUAUUAAAAAAAAUUAUUUCUGAUCCUUGCAGUCUUGAAACAGAGACGGGUAUGAAACAGAGGCAGUCUUAAAACAUUUUUUGUUUCGGCCUCGCAUGUUUACACAAAACGAGGACUCACUUUCUAUUAAUUUGCUGUUCUCGAGAUUGGCUUUAAGUACGAAAACAUAAUAAUCCCCAAAUAUAACACAAGUUCUCCUGAUAAAUAAACGCUACUGCCUAACAAGACCUUUUUUAUUGUCAUAGCCGUGUAUUAACUUAAUGUACAUGUAAAUACUAAGUUUGAAAUAAGGACCAUUGUUGUUUAAAUCAAAACCACAUUUAUCUAUGAUGUAUAUUUGUAAUAUUUGUAACAUGUUGUAUCGCCAAACACAUACAUUAUUAGCUCUUUUGUAAUAUCGAAAUUUCGAAACUUUUGUCACCAAUCGUAGAAGCCAUCUUUUUUCUGCAAUUUAAGUGCUUUUGAAAACCAGAUUCAGAAAUGGAUACUACCUUUAUUUAACUACUUUUAAUAAAUAUAGCUCUAGAUCCGAGUUUGAGUAGAGGAAUUGUUCAUCCAACAUAGGGUAAAUAUCGAGUUUUGACAGAGAAACAUCGAGUAAUGACAUUAACCGAGCAAAUAUGGACUUGUAAAAGCAAAUUUAGAUUAGUGGAAUGUUAAAUGAAGACAGAGAAAAGCUAAAUUGUGAAACAUGAAUUGUGGCUAGCAAAUAGCAAUGUUAAUAUUCGACUCGACUGUUGUUACCUAAAUCUAAUCAAUUUAAUGCAGGUAUUUAUUACAAAGAAAGUUCAAAAAACUAUUUUAACCUAGUUUUUCAAUUGAAAAUUUCAAACGACGAUAGUUUAAAGUCAUAGGAAUUGUGGCUGAUUAUUAGAUUGUUGUAUUAAGUAGUUAAUUAUGGACCCAUUUAAUCGAAGCAUUAAACUC